AUGCCUGGUCCGGAAUUACUUUCAAGUCAAGGAUUGCGAUUAGAUGGCCGGAGACCUGACGAAUUGCGCCGGAUUCGAUGUAAACUCGGUGUUUUUACACAACCAGAUGGGAGUGCUUAUUUGGAACAGGGAAAUACUAAAGUGCUGGCUGCGGUGUAUGGUCCACAUCAGGCCGCAAAAUCAAAAUUAUCAACAGAAGGAGUAGUGGUUAAUUGCCAAUACAGUAUGGCCACAUUCUCUACAAGCGAGAGGAAAAACAGACCCCGUGGUGACCGCAAAUCACAGGAAAUGUCGCUACAUUUGAGACAAGCACUGUCUGCAGCAAUAAAAACUGAACUUUACCCACGAUCACAGAUAGAUAUUUAUGUGGAAGUUUUGCAGGCAGAUGGUGGUGCUUAUUGUGCAUCAGUGAAUGCAGCAACCCUGGCAUUAAUAGACGCAGGUGUGCCAUUGAAAGCUUAUGCUUGUGCCUGUACAUCCUCCGUGGCAUGGCGAGGCAAUCACCCAGAAGCUUUGCUGGAUGUUGGUCAUGUUGAAGAGGCAGCCGGUGGUGUAUGCCUCACAGUGGCAGCAUUGCCAAGUGUUGACAGCAUAGCCUUGUUGGAAAUGUCACAUCGCUUACACAUGGACUAUUUUGAAGUGGUUAUGAGUAGAGCUAUGCAAGGAUGUAAAGAUAUUGAGAUAAUUUUAGACAAAGCAGUAAGAGAACACCUGGCAGAAGGAUGGACGAAGCCUGAUGUAAUAACUAUAUGA